GAGAUGAAGGCGGACUCCGACUGGCUCUGAUUUUUAAAAGCCCUUUUCAUUCAGGAGGUCGGUUGCCAACGGUUAUCAAUAUGGCAGAGCCGUUAUCCCGAGCGCCCACCGCUGCAAAAAUGGCGUCACUUAACCGGGUCCGAGCUCUGGCGAUGAUUUUCUUAACUGUCACUGGCUGUUGUGUCACCCCGACAAGUGGCAAGGAAGGGUCCGAGGAGACCGUCAUCAUAGGGCUCCGACUGGAGGACACGGACGACAUUUCCUUCAUGGAUAAGGGCUACCUGCGGGUGAGUGAGCGGUCUCGGGUGAAAUUAAGGGUGUACGGGCAGAACAUCAACAACGAGACCUGGUCCAAAAUUGCUUUCACGGAACACGAGCGGAGCAGGACGGUGGGGAGCCUUGACAGCUCCUCGGGGGAUAACCAGAGCCAGGACGACUCGUCCGGCUUGCAUCCGUGUGGUAUUAGGACUUCGGAUAUAAUAAUUUUGCCCAACAUCAUCUUGAAUCGAAAGACGUCCGGAAUAGUUGAAAUUGAGGUCAAACCUCUGCGAAAGACGGAGAGGAGUAAAGCGUAUUACCUUUGCAUCGCCACCGCGACACCGGCUGUGGCCGGGAUGCACGACCCGUGGACGGAGAACACCUGGAUCUACCACGAUGGGGAUGACACCAAAGUGAUAGUGGUGGAGGAGAAAAAGUUUCUGCUGCCUUUCUGGCUCCAGGUCAUCUUCAUCUCCAUGUUGCUGUGCCUGUCGGGUAUGUUCAGCGGGUUGAACCUGGGGCUCAUGGCUCUGGACCCCAUGGAGCUCCAGAUAGUGCAGAACUGCGGCACGGAGAAGGAGAAGAAUUACGCCAAAAAAAUAGAGCCGGUCAGGAGUCAAGGGAAUUACUUGCUUUGCUCGCUUCUGCUCGGCAACGUGUUGGUGAACACCACGCUGACCAUCCUGCUGGAUGAUAUCGCCGGCUCCGGGUUGGUCGCGGUGGUCAUGUCCACCAUUGGAAUAGUCAUUUUUGGAGAAAUCGUGCCCCAGGCCAUCUGCUCCAGACACGGCCUGGCUGUCGGGGCCAACACCAUCUUCCUCACAAAGUUCUUCAUGCUGCUCACCUUCCCUGCUUCCUACCCGGUGAGCAAGCUGCUAGACUACCUCCUGGGACAGGAGAUAGGAACCGUGUACAACCGGGAGAAGCUGCUGGAGAUGCUGCGCGUCACGGACCCCUACAACGACCUGGUGAAGGAGGAGCUGAACAUCAUCCAGGGCGCGCUGGAGCUCAGAACUAAGACCGUGGAGGACGUGAUGACGCCGCUGAGAGAUUGCUUUAUGAUCCCCGGUGAUGGCACCCUUGACUUUAACACCAUGUCCGAGAUCAUGAAGAGCGGCUACACGCGCAUCCCAGUCUUCGAGGGCGAGAGGUCCAACAUUGUGGAUCUGCUGUUUGUCAAGGACCUGGCGUUUGUGGACCCGGAUGAUUGCACCCCUCUCAAAACCAUCACAAAGUUUUACAGCCACCCGUUACAUUUUGUGUUCAAUGACACCAAGCUGGAUGCAAUGCUGGAGGAGUUUAAAAAAGGUGAGGCAACUGGAAACAGUGCGCAGAUCUUCUCAGUAAGGGUGAAGUCAG